GACAGAUUCUUUUUCAGGCCACCACCAACGUCCUCCAUGAACUUUAAGGUCCACCAGUUUAUUUAAAAACCAACAAAACUUUAAUUUAAGUUAAUGACUUAUUCUCAUCUUAGGACUGGCAUAAAUGGCUUUUUACAUCAGCGGCACCUCCAGUGGGCUCAGACCUCCUCCUCCUCCUCCUCUGGUCUGAAGCCUCCUCCUCCUAUGAUCUCAGACCUCCUCCUCCUCCUCCUCCUCCUCCUCCUCCUCCUCCUCCUCCUCGUCCUCCUCCUCCACCCUGUCACCUCCUCCUGGGUGUCAGACCUCCUCCAUCGGGCUCGAGAUGCUGUCCUUGCUCUGCGGAUCACUGCUGCUCCUCCUGGCCCAGCAGUGUGUGAGCGGGGCUGGGGCCCACGCCGUGGCCCCCGGGGGCCGCCGGCCGGUGUGCCAGUGGCCGUGCCGCUGCGGGCCCCGGGCGGCGUGCGCGCCGGGGGUGAGCGCCGUGCUGGACGGCUGCGGUUGCUGUAAGAGCUGCGCCCGGCAGCAGCGGCAGGCCUGCAGCGAGAGGGACGUGUGCGACCCGCACAAGGGCCUCUACUGCGACUACUCCGCCGACCGGCCCCGCUUCCAAGUGGGCGUCUGCGCCUACAUGCUGGCGGUGGGCUGCGAUCUGAACGGGCGUCACUUCGAGAACGGCCACGCCUUCCAGCCCAGCCCGCUCUACAAGUGCACCUGCAUCGCCGGCGCCAUCGGCUGCACCCCCGCCUUCACCCACACACCUGCCGGCCUCUUAGGCUCCGCCCCCCCGAAACCAGCAGGCCUCCUCAGCGGCCCCGGGGCCCGCAAGAACCUGCAGGACACCAGCUACAGGCCAGCUUACAGGGAUCCUCCUUUAGCCUGGAAGAGGAACUGCCUGGUGCAGACCACGCCCUGGAGCGUCUGCUCCAAGACCUGCGGCGUGGGCAUGUCCGUCCGCGUCACCAACGACAACGCCAAGUGUGAGAUGAGGAAGGACCGGAGGCUGUGUCUGCUGCGGCCCUGCGACAAGAACCUGCUCAAGAGCUUCAAGGCCCCCAAGGGGAAGACGUGCCGGGCCCAGGUCCCUGCGCGGCGUGCGGAGCGGCUGGUGCUGUCGGGGUGCAGCAGCACCCAGCGGGUGAGGCCCACCUACUGCGGCCUGUGUGGCGGCGGCGGUGGCGGCGGCGGCGGCGGCUGCUGCGUGCCCGACGCCUCCAGCAUGCGCACCUUAGAGUUCAGGUGCAAGGGCGUGGCCGGCGUGCGCUGGAAGGUGCAGUGGAUCACGUCCUGCGUCUGCAAAAGGAAGUGCGACGACCCCGGGGACAUGUUCACCGAGCUGCACUUCCUGUGAGGAGGGGAGGAGGCGGAGCUUCCAGAGGAGGGAGGAGGCGGAGCUUCCAGAGGAGGGAGGAGGCGGAGCUUCCAGAGGAGGGAGGAGGCGGAGCUUCCAGAGAAGGGAAGAGGCGGAGCUUAGACAAGAGCCUUAGGGACACAAGAGACAGAAACGCACACAGACUAUAUAUUAAAUGGAGUAGACGUACCGUAGACUUGACAGACAGACAGACAGACAGACAGACAGACAGACAGACAGACAGACAGACAGACAGACAGACAGACCUUCAUGUAGCGAUCUGCAGUCUGGGGGUGUCGGGAGGGCAGGAGGAGGAGGUGCGGUCCAGCUGGUCGUACUCCUCUAUGAGGGAGGACAGGGACUCUGACGCCUGGCUGAACAGGCUGAGCUCCAUGCCCUCCUCCUGGAGGUAGUGGUGGAGAUGGGCCUGCAGGACACGGGCAACCGCUCAGAAACCCUCCCGUGUCUUUAUGAGCCCUCCCAUGUCUUCAUAAACCCUCCCAUGUCUGUAUAAACCCCCCCAAGUCUCUAUGAACCCUCCGUCUGUAUAAACCCUCCCAUGUCUCUAUGAACCCUCCGUCUGUAUAAACCCUCCCAUGUCUCUAUGAACCCUCCGUCUGUAUAAACCCUCCCAUGUCUUCAUAAACCCUCCCAUGUCUUUAUAAACCCUCCCAUGUCUCUAUAAACCCUCCCAUGUCUCUAUAAACCCUCCCAUGUCUGUAUAAACCCUCCCAUGUCUUCAUAAACCCUCCCAUGUCUUCAUAAACCCUCCCAUGUCUUUAUAAACCCUCCCAUGUCUCUAUAAACCCUCCCAUGUCUGUAUAAACCCUCCCAUGUCUGUAUAAACCCUCCCAUGUCUGUAUAAACCCUCCCAUGUCUUUAUAAACCCUCCCAUGUCUUUAUAAACCCUCCCAUGUCUUUAUAAACCCUCCCAUGUCUGUAUAAACCCUCCCAUGUCUUUAUAAACCCUCCCAUGUCUCUAUAAACCCUCCCAUGUCUGUAUAAACCCUCCCAUGUCUGUAUAAACCCUCCCAUGUCUGUAUAAACCCUACCAUGUCUGUAUAAACCCUACCAUGUCUGUAUAAACCCUACCAUGUCUGUAUAAACCCUACCAUGUCUGUAUAAACCCUACCAUGUCUGUAUAAACCCUACCAUGUCUUUCCAACUUUCAAUCACCAACUUGUUUAUAGGAAAUUUGUUUUUCAAACUGGAAUCAAAAUGUGAUGUUAAAUGUGAGUUUUCCAUUCUGACAGAAGGGUUUAAUAAAAUAUUUCAAUGAGUUUAUGAACAA